AUGGCCAGAGAUUCUAGGAUCUUCAUGAACCAGGACAUGGACAUCGGAGUUACAUCCAGAGACCCUAAGAAGAUUCCCAAACAGGCUCGGGAUGAUGUCCCCAUUGCCACUGACCGAACCCGCCUCAUAUCAGCAGAAGGUAAGAAGCCACGUCAGCGUUACAUGGAGAAAAGUGGCAAGUGCAAUGUUCACCAUGGAAAUGUCCAAGAAACCUAUCGAUACCUUAGUGACCUCUUCACUACUCUGGUGGACCUCAAGUGGCGGUUUAAUCUUCUUGUCUUCACUAUGGUCUAUACCAUCACUUGGUUGUUUUUUGGGUUCAUAUGGUGGCUUAUUGCCUAUAUCCGGGGAGACCUGGACCAUCUUGAAGAUGAGAACUGGAUUCCCUGUGUUGAAAAUCUCAGUGGAUUUGUUUCUGCAUUUCUGUUUUCUAUCGAGACUGAGACAACAAUUGGGUAUGGCUAUAGGGUCAUAACGGAGAAGUGCCCAGAAGGCAUCGUAUUGCUCCUGAUCCAGGCUAUUCUGGGCUCCAUUGUCAAUGCGUUCAUGGUGGGAUGUAUGUUUGUCAAGAUCAGCCAACCAAAGAAGAGGGCUGAAACCCUCAUGUUUUCCAACAACGCAGUGAUUUCCAUGAGGGAUGAGAAGCUCUGUCUCAUGUUCCGGGUUGGAGACCUCCGAAAUUCCCACAUUGUUGAGGCUUCCAUUAGAGCCAAACUGAUUAAGUCCAAACAGACCAAAGAAGGAGAGUUCAUCCCCUUGAACCAAACGGACAUCAACGUGGGAUUUGACACUGGAGAUGACAGAUUGUUCCUGGUGUCACCUCUUAUCAUCUCGCAUGAAAUCAAUGAGAAGAGCCCCUUCUGGGAGAUGUCCCGCACCCAACUGGAGAAGGAGGAGUUUGAAAUUGUGGUCAUCCUUGAAGGAAUGGUGGAAGCAACAGGGAUGACUUGCCAAGCUCGCAGCUCCUACAUGGACACUGAGGUGCUGUGGGGACAUCGCUUCACUCCUGUCCUCACUCUGGAGAAGGAUUUUUACGAAGUCGACUAUAACAGCUUCCAUAGCACUUACGAGACCAACACUCCUGUGUGCUGUGCCAAAGAGCUGGCCGAAUCUCGCCGGGAAGGCCAGCUCCUCAGCCACCUCUCCAGUGCCACCCUCCUGAGCGGAGGCAGAGAAACAGUGAUGGCAAAAGAGGAAGAAGAAGAAGAGGAAGAAAAUAGGGAACCAGUAGGAUUGAAUGGAGCCAAUGGGACAGCAGGAGAGGUGAAAGAAGAUAUACCUGUAUAA